CCGUCGCGAGUUGCCCUGCCACACUACGGUGUGCCGGCUCCACUCCUGGCUACUCCCUACCUCCUGUCAAUCCUCUGAUUCCUCCCCUCCGCCCAGGUGUGAUGACGCAGAGGAGGGCCUUUCUCUCCCAAGCCCAACCAGCCGACGUCGUGGCCCUCACGCCCUUGUGUUGCCUCUGGUGAAUUGCUGCCAGUGCUUCUGCUGCCGAGGCUGGCCCAGCCCCGUUGCUUGCACUCCAGUGUCAGUUGCCCCCCAGUGUGGCCACCAAAAGUGCCGGCCCGCAGUUUGACCGCCUUCUUGUCGCAAGUGGUACAGCUCGAGUGCUCUGCCCUCCGUUGCCGCAUGGCCUGAGCGGUUCGUCUGAUAUAUGUAAUAACCAUGGACGCUGCUGAGCCGGAUGCGCCUGUUCACAAACGUCCCCGCCUCAACUCACUCCACCCUCCUCCGUACAACGGCUUGCCUCCCCCUCACCCAGUCUCGCAGAAUUCGCCCUUUCGCCAUUCCGCCCAUCCGCCUUCGUCUCCAGCAACACACGCUCAGGCUCCCUAUCCCCCUCACGGCCUUCCCUCUUAUCCGUACCCUCCUCCUCCAGGGCCUCCGUCGUCUGUCCCCCACCAGGAUCGCUCCUCUGUCUCAAUCCAGACUCCAACGCCUCAACUCGUCGCGCAAGAACGUUCCGCGCCACCAGGCCCAUAUCAACAACCUCCGGAGAGCGCACAGAGGCCGGGCCCAUCACCGCACCAGCGCACUCAUGGCUUCUCCGUGACUGUUCCUAGGGUGCCGCCUGCUAUUGACCAGGACCGAAUCUCGGAUUACAGCCGUCCUCCCGUGACGCCGCAAUCCACCGGAGCCGAAACACAACUCCCUCGUCCGCCGACUACCACCAAGGAGCCCAAUCCGCAACCUGUAAUGGAGCGAAGUGGUCCUGCUGCGCCAUGGUCUGCAAGUUCGGACCACCCCCCGAAUGGCACCUAUCCGAGCAAUGGCUACCCCCGUGUCGUUAAUUCACCCCAGCAUUCGGAUCAACCGUUUCACACACCUUCUUUACCCCCCACCCAAUAUGCGCCGCUCGUCCCUACAUAUGGUGCUCCCUCCCAUGGACCUUACAUGGGCGGUUCGGAGGCGUACGGGAACCAAGUAAAGCGCAAACAUGUGCGAGCCACCCAGGCUUGUAAUCACUGCCGCUCUCGUAAACAGAAAUGCGACGAGGCGAGGCCGUGCCAGUUCUGCAGGGACAAUGGAUUGGAAUGCCUUUACAAGGACGUGCCACCUCCAAAGAUGGAUAGAAGCAUGAUGCAACUCCAGGAAAGUAUGAACGGUGUUUCCGAAACGCUGAAAUCCUUCAUUGCGGAAAUAAACGCCUGGAGGCAGACGGUGGACCGGAAACUAUCGCCCACAGUCGAGUUGGAUCGCAUGACGAACCCACUGUCCCCCGAACAGAUCUAUGGAGCUGGACCCGCUAUGAAUGAGCGGCAUGGAUCCCAGGCGCCCACUCCUGUUCAGGGACGCGGCUACUAUCCUAGGGUCGAUAACAUCAAAGCCGAAUCCCCGGUUGCCACGAAUUCGACCAUGUCUCCGCCCGCUGGACCCGUCUCAACACCCGGCAGGCAAGAGUUUCCAACAGCUAUUGCUCGGCCUUCGGCAACACCCGUUGACAGCGCGAACGUCAAGCUCUCGACCCCGGUCCAAAAGGAAGAUGACGUGCCUUCGGCAUUUCCGGUCGACCACACGACGCCCGCCCACCAGAUUCUCCAAGACUGGCCGACAAUGAGAGAUUUUUCCAAAGGCAUUGAAGUCAUCGAGAAUCUGAAAAGGAAAGGCAAGAACAUCGCCGACUAUCCCAUGCAACUAGAGAGGUUCCGUGGCGUAGUCAGAGUGCAUGGCGUAGGCGAAGGACUGGAUACGUGCGAUGGUACACAAGGACUUACGACGACUCCCGACAGUAAUGGGGCACCAGACACGCCGUCACCUCCAUAUGCCGAAAUGAAACCUUGGGGUCCGCUUACACCUGAGAGUCCGCCCACGCUGGUUGAUGAAGGAUCAGCAGCCGCUGACCAUGAUCGAGGGCGACGCUUCGACUGUCGGCUUCUACUUGACAAAUCAACAGUGGAAAGACUGUUUGACUCGUACUGCCGACACAUUCAUCCCUUGCAGCCAUUUCUUAACAUCAAGCAACUGAAAAGAAUGGUACAGAACUUCGCUAUGAUGUAUGGACCGGAGUCAAGGCGCAGCCAGAGCCAUGCCGGAACUAAGAGGAAACGGUGCGCCGAUUGUCUCAGUGGCUACUCGGAUACAACUGCAUACUUGGGGUACGGCAUCCAUAGAUCCGUCCAUAAUGCCAUCGUCCUGCUCGUCCUUGCUCUCGGGAAAGUGUGCGAGUGGAAGGACCCACUACCCGCCCCAGAGGCGGAUGCGUUUCCAGUGGAAAGUCAGCGCCUGGGCUACAUGCGGAAAUCGUCACGGUCGGCCUCUGUGAACAGUAGCUUCAACAGCGACCACGAAGAAACCCGGAAGAGAAAUAUAGAUCGCUUGCCUGGAAUGUUAUAUUACUGUAUUGCAACUGAUAUGCUCGGAAAUCUGACAGGUGGGUUUUCGAUAGGUCAUGCGCAGGCGAAUGUGCUUGCCGCAUUGUACGCAGGCCAAUAUGCGCGCGUGAUGGAGAGCUGGAGUUGGAUCAACAAUGCCUGUAGGAUCUGCAUCGUGCUCGUCAAGGAGGAAAUGCCUUUUAUUCAGAGAAAGUUAGAGUUCGAGCGACCUGACGAGCGCAGCCAAGCACAAAGCCAGACCCUCAAUCCAAACCCUAGCCAACAACCCAGUCAGACUCCGGCCUCCAAUCCGCCUGCGACGCCCGGGUUGAGCCCAUCUACACAACACGAGGAUAAGGAAGAGAAGGAGCUCCAGGCACAGAGGAACCUCAUCAAGCUACUCUACUGGGCCUGCCUUCAGCUGGAAACCGAUAUAUUGGCCGAAAUGAGCACGCUGCCACCGUCCCACAUUGCACAGUAUCAAGAUAUCAUCGAUUACCCAAAGGGAGUCGGCCAAAUCCGCAUUCAGGAUCUGCAAAUGCCAUACGAACAGUGGCCAGAGGACCAGAAAAUCAUGGUGCUCUAUUCGAGUCAGAUACACCUACGUGUCCUUCUCAAUCAUGCCCACAAGACGUUAUAUCAAAAAAACAAACUACGCUACACUCUAGAGAAGAAUGACAAGAAUGACAAAGACGACGUUGUUCAAUCUUCCCUGCUGACGGUAGCCCAUGCGGCACGCGAACAAUUCGAGAUGCUCAAGGCCUGGAAGCGCCUGCAGCCGCCUGCCCUCCGAUGGGAGGAUCAUGACCCUCCAGCGACCGACAUCAACAUCGCACGGCUCCGGGCCAAGUAUUACGGUGCUCAAUAUAUGGUUCUUCGGCCAUAUUUGGAGAUUGCCCUUCACGAUGUCCCAUUUCCUCCCAACGGUGCCACUUCGGACAGGUCAUCGCAUGGCUCUGAUGCCGGGUUGGGAGAUAUUUCUACGCCCAUGUCCGCCCGUUCGGUGGGCGCUACGCCCCCGGAGACCAGUAGCCAAGCGGCGGGUAUUGUGGAACUCCUUCCGGACUUCAAGUCCAUCGUCGAGGUUGCGCGUCUGUGUGUGGAGAGUGCUAUUCAGAGUACCAUUGCCUUCGACCGCGUGGGCCAUCAGCCCAAUGAUGUCUACAGGAAAUACGUCGACACGCCGAAAGGUCGACUUAUAGUAACUAACAUCUUCGGCACUAUGCAUGCGCAAUUUGGAAACAUGAUCGUCCUUGCCGCGGUCAUGAUGUCAGGCAAGAACAAGCUGAGCCAGCUGCUUCCUGGGCUACCGACUCUCACGAAACAGACUUUUGGCGAUCUGCUCGCGCGGACUAUCAAAAUGUUGAGACAAGUGGGCGAUAAUUCACCGACGCUUACAACGGACGCCGACAUACUGGAAAAUAUUCAAAAGCUCGCAGGUGUCAAUUGACGGAUGGUUUAGAUCUCGUUUUCAUGGCAACCUGGGAUGUCGGGAUUUCCGGUUGGAGAAAUUUCUGAAGGAACAUAUCCCU